GUCUUAUCGAUUGCGUGCACGCCUCAGCAUCUGCGGGCUCCCUUUUCUGUGAGCUGCUUCCCUUCCACACCAGCUAGCGCCCUGUUGUAAUGGACUGAUUGAAGCCCCGGCACUUUGUCGUUGCUGUGGAAUUGUUGCAUUGCUUCUCGUUGCAUUUUAUCUUCUUCCUUUAUACCCCGUAGCCUCAUCGCCUGAUUUACUACAUAUCCAAGCCUUUUCUCGUGAAUUUUCGGGGUGAAUCUUGGCGUGUUUACUUGGGUCACAACCCGCACCACUACGGUACUUCACACCACUUUGCUACGUCGCGUCUCUUAAAAGCCCUGCCACUCCAAGGCCCCCGUAUAGAUUCAAUAGCUGCCUCGAAAUUCUACUCCGAGCAAUUCGGUUACUCGCUGGACAGUUAAUUGACAGCUGUCUGAUGGCAACCUACUGAAUACUGGAAAUCUGGGCUACUGGGCCGCUGUUCACGCUAACACCUGCUUAAGAGAUGGGUAUCCAGGGAUUAUUGCCGUUGCUGAAGUCGAUACACCGACCUACGGAAUUAAAAAAAUUCAGCGGCGAAACUUUCGGUGUUGACGCUUAUGGCUGGCUGCAUCGAGGUGCUAUUUCCUGUGCUAUUGAGCUUGCGCAAGGCAAACCAACUAGAAAAUAUGUCGACUUUGCUAUGAACCGUGUUCGGAUGCUGAAGCACUUUGGCGUGACCCCUUACCUUGUCUUUGAUGGUGAUUUUCUACCUAGUAAAGCUGCCACGGAGGCCUCGCGCUCAAAACGAAGAGAAGAUGGUAGGAAGCUAGGAUUGGAGUUAUUGAAGGCUGGGAAGCCUUCACAGGCUCACCAAGAACUGCAAAAAGCUAUUGAUGUUACUCCUGAAAUGGCUCGCCACCUUAUCGAAGCAUUGAAGGCGGCGAAUAUUCCUUAUGUGGUAGCACCAUAUGAAGCCGACGCGCAGCUUGUCUACCUUGAACGUCAAGGGAUCACCAGCGGCAUUAUCUCUGAGGAUUCGGAUUUGCUGGUCUUCGGUGCUAAACGGCUCAUUACAAAGCUAGACCAGUAUGGACAGUGUGUGGAAGUUAAUCGUCGAGACUUUAAUGCUUGUCGUGAGGUAUCACUCGUUGGCUGGGAUGAUAGGCUUUUCAGGCAUAUGGCGAUCCUGAGUGGAUGUGAUUACCUCGGUAGUAUCCCUGGCUUGGGAUUGAAGACGGCGCAUCGAUUGCUCCGGAAGCACAAAACAGUCGAACGGGUAAUACGGACGCUUCAGUUCGAGGGCAAACAUCGUAUUCCAGCCGACUAUCUGACACUAUUCCACCAAGCAGAGCAAACGUUUUUGUACCAGUGGGCAUUCUGCCCAACGUCUGAGGAGCUUGUCAACCUUGCUGUUCUUCCACCCGACCUCGCGCUCGACCAACUUCCUUUCAUCGGCUCUCCUGUAGAGCCUCAGCUUGCUCGACGAAUUGCCAGCGGAGAUGUCAAUCCCAUUACAAAACGGGAAAUUGUUAUUUCUACACCAUGCUCCCCUAGGAAACGCACCGCAUCCGCCGCCCAACGCAGCAGCACCGUGCAGUCACAAGGUCUUCGAGAUACGCCUAAAAAACCUAUCGAUGCCUAUUUCAAAGGAUAUCGCCGCUUGCCCCUUGGGGAGAUGGAUCCAAACUGUUUCAAUGUUAAUCCAAAUAGGGUGACUAGAGAAGGCACUCAACCGAUUGUCUUUCCACUUCCAAGACCAUAUAUCGAUGAUGCCGAAUCGACAGCAUCUGAUCCUCUCCGUACAUAUAUAGACAGGGGCGGGCGUUCCUCAAGUGUGUUGCGCCGACGGACAGAGCCAAUUUCUAAUUUACUCGCUGGUGAUGGCCGUUCUUUGAUAUCGAGCUCGCGUCGAAACACUACUGGUCCUGGAGCCGAGGUUUCUAGGCUUCCAGACAAUUCUGCUGUGGGAAUUAGCCCUCGGCCACCUAAAAAGGCACGCCUCUGUAACGAUACCGCAUUGGAAUCGAAUACUGGAGAGGAAACGAGUAAAUUUUUCUCGCCAAGUGGCUCAAAUCCCCGAAAAGCAACCAAGGGGCAAGGUUAUCUGAUGUCGGACGAUUCCGUAGAAGAAGCACUGAAAGAACUACCAGACUUGGAUGGAUGGUCUACGGGGCCCGACCGUCGCAAGACGAUUGCAGUGUUUCAGAGUCACUCAGAUACUGUCGAGAUAGACUCGAAAGCUGGGCCAGCCUGCCUAUCAGAAGCGACACAUGGGCAACCGGAGACUGUCAUUCCCGACACGCCUCCGAAAUCUAAGUUGAGCCGUUUUAAUUACACGCCUAACGUUUUCCCUCGCGAAUCACAACCAAGUAGGCUGCCACGGAGACAGAGUUCAAACUCGUCUGCAAGGAGUUCGCUCAUUUCUUUGACACCGUUCUCUGCGUCGUCAAGUCAGCCAUCUACCGCUAAAACCACUCCAGCAACACCACGGCUUACGCCACUACAACAGCUUGAAAGAAGGGCUCUUGGUAAAGGCAAGGAAUCGCCAACAUCGAAAUUUGCGGCAACUCGAAUGCCUAAACGAUCUAGCCUCGGCCGAAUGAGCCUAGACUCGAUUCCCGUCAACCCAGCUUUUGUGCCACUACCGCCAGUCGAUCUCGCAGAGGUGGAAGCGUUGAAUGGCCCUCUUGGUAGCGAGGAUCUUCUGGUACCCGAGAGUGAGACGGAAGAAUUGGAAGCAGUGUCCGAAUCUGAGAACAAAGACCCCAGAGGGAAGACGAAUUGUAGGACAAUGAACUUGUCACAAUACAUAUUUACUGCGAACUGAGAGGUGGUACUUGGGGGUUUUUCGUCAUGGAGCAUAAAUGGUGCACGGGUAUGCAUAGCGUGGCGUUUUGGUUGUGUUUCUGUCAGUUUAUAGUAUAAUACAUACUCAGUAGGUAUGCUCGCUUUGUAAGCGCCAGAUAGUGGUACGGUACACACCAGUCUGUUGAGAUAACUGUCAAGUUUAUAUUACGAGAUACCCUUCGUUGUCACUUAAAA